CCAUACAAGAUACAACCAGCUCUCUCUCUUUCAGUACUCUCCAUAAAUCCUCAUCAACUUCAGGUCAGAGACCACCACUUCAGGCUUCAGCCACAGCAAUCUGCCAAUCUCCACCUUCCUUCCUCUUUCAUGAACCAAAGCCUCAUGAAACUUCUCCUUUCCACCUUCGUCCCCCUGCUCCUCCUCUCUUUCCGCUGCGCCUCCCAACUCUCCCCAGAUUUCUACUCCUUGUCCUGCCCCACCGUCGAGCUGCUUGUCAGGGGCACAGUCAGGUCAGCCUCAGACUUGGACUCCACCAUUCCGGGCAAGCUGCUGCGCCUCUUGUUUCAUGACUGCCUAGUCCAGGGUUGUGAUGGGUCAGUGUUGAUACAAGGAAAUGGCACGGAGAGGAGUGACCCUGCGAACAAGUCACUGGGGGCGUUCUAUGUGGUGGAGUCCGCGAAGAGGUUGCUUGAAAUGGUGUGCCCUGGCACUGUAUCCUGUGCUGAUACACUUGUUCUUGCUGCAAGAGAUGCUGUGGAACUGACAGGAGGCCCUUCAGUUCAGGUUCAACUAGGAAGGAGGGAUGGCUUGGUUUCCUCAGCCGCAAAUGUGAGGCCCAACAUGGUCGAUACGACCUUCUCCGUCGACGAAUUGGCGGAUCGCUUCGCCUCGAUAGGCUUGUCCAUCGAUGAUCUCGUCGUCCUUUCAGGUGCGCACACCAUAGGCUCUUCUCACUGCAAUACGUUCAGUGAGCGAUUCAAACAGGACUCCGAUGGAAGCUUGGUGCCCAUCGACUCCACCAUGGACCAAGGCUACGCGAAGCAGGUCGCGGAACAGUGCUCGACUCGGACGGGCACCGCGGCAGUCGACAACGAUGCGUCGACGCCGGAGCUGUUCGAUAACCAGUACUUCGUCAACCUCCUGGCAAACCAAGGCCUUCUCCACUCGGACUCGGUUCUUGUUAACGACUCGAGAACAAAGGGCAAGGUGGAGGAGUUUGGCCGGAGUCAAGAUGCCUUCUUCGCGAGCUGGGCUCAAUCAUUUGCCAAGCUCUCGACCACCGGAGUAAAGACGGGCGAUGAAGGGGAGAUCAGAUUUUCUUGCCAAAGUGUGAAUGGCUAGAUAAAAGCAUAUAUAGAGUAUGAUAUACGAAUGUGAUGCGUGCGUAGUUCUUUUGAUCUUCCAUGGCACACAAUAACUCUCUACCAUAAGUUUGCGUGUAGUUCCUCGUCAAUAAUAUUCUUGUCAAACGAUCAAUGUGUAAGUGUAAUUGCAGUGUCUGAAAAGUCAUUAGCCUGGAUUCAAUUGUAUUGAUGGCGAUAUCGUCCAAACAUAUCAUUGUUUU